UAGAGCUUAAAAACUUGUUGAGGUAAUAACGACGUCAAGUUUCUACAGAUAAUCCCCCCUCCCCACUGCAGUUACUGACGCUAAGAGUUUGAAUAGUUAGUUUAAGACAUUGAAUUUUUUACAACAGGCAUUUCUGUGAUUUUUCAAGGACGUUACACGUGCUUAAUUUGUUGAUUUCUACUUUAAAAGGAAAGGUAUUCUAUGUUUGUUGAGCAAAGUUUUCGAGAAAACGACUUCAACAGGGAAUUUCACUCUAUAUGUUCAAGAGUUAUUGAAGAUUAUCAGGGUGAUAUGGCUGUAGCACAACAAUGCAAAGUAGACAGCAGCUUUAGCAGGGAUCGAGUGAAUUCGUUAUGGUACUAUGAUCGCAUUACUCAUGGUUUGUCCAGUAGCGUGUCUUCCCUGGUUUCUCUUAAUUCCACCUUGAGUUUGCGAAUGAGUAGAAGUUCGCCCAGUUUAUCCGUAUUUAAACGAGAAGUCCUUGACAGAGCAAUAGAAUGCAUUGAUUUUGACAAUCAUGAUAUAAUGGUGAUCUUAAAAGCAAGAAAGGAAGCGCUAGAGAAAAUGCUGAGAAGUAGGAGGGAGGAGUUAAAAUUACUGUGUUUACGAGAAGGGGAACUGACUGGCGAGGUACCACCUGACAUUCCAUUGACAGCCGGCGAAGCGCCACCUACCUUCAAAAGACGUGUAGGAACAUCGUUUGCCUUAAACAAUAGGUUGAUUGAAGACUUUCGUUCAAAUAACGAAGAGGACUUAGCAAAAUUGGAAUUGGAAUGUGAAAUCCAAAAUAGUAUUACCAUGGCUGUUCUCAAACUUGCCAGUGACAAGACUGUUAAGAGAAGCGUGAGAAAGCAAAGAAAACUAGCUCACCAGCGAGCUCUUCUGAAGCUUAAAGAUUUGCAACAGAAGUUAUCAGUCCUGAAAAGACAAUCUCAAGUCGUGAGCGUCGAGAAAUCAUCUCAAGAAGGUGAAACAAUUUCACUGAAGGAAGAAGACAAUGGCCUGUUAUAUACUAGUUCUAAACGUAAGAUUGGAAAUCUGAUAGAUAAGGAUUGCACUAUUUCAACUGUAUCACCACUAUCACAUUCCACCGGACUUCCCAUUUCUAUGACAGCAAAUCAUGGUUCAGCGCCUCCGAGAAGGAAAUAUGGGGUAUUCUUUCCAGGAAGCUCCUUUCAAACAUCAGUUUUAGGACGAAGAAGAUCAUCAUUUUUUUCACCAGCAGAGCAACGUUGCAAAAGCGAAUCGCUAAACCUGAUAAGCAGUUACCCGGAUGUUCAUCAGUUUUCUCAGCUGCACGGCUCCUACUCUCAACCGUCUUGUUCUGAAAAUUAUCCUUAUGACAGAGGAUAUUGUGAAGGUGGAGACGUUUUGUCAACAAAUACAAACGAGCACUGUUAUAGAUCUGAACCGAGUACAGGGACUUCCGUCUUUUCCACUGUCAGUACUCGGACAAAUGACCAAGUAUUUGCCAAUAAAAAUUAUUUUCUACACUCAUCUCCUGAUAGUCGUGACGAUAAAAUAUUUGUCUUACACGAUAGCCUUUCUGAAGGUCAACUUUGUCGACCCGAUCGUCCAAACUCUCCUACUUUUACUCCUGCUUCUAAUAAUUACAGCAACUUCCUUCAUGUUCCUAACGGCAUGCAAAUCCGUCGUAAGUAUUCUGAUCCUUGUAGUUUAUCUGUUGGAGGCAGGGACAGGAAGAAAGAAUAUGAGUGUAACAGAGGUUAUAACGAAGAGUUGUCUUCUCCCGAUAUGAUAAAUUAUUCGAAUGAGAAAAUAGACCCUAAAGAUCAGUGGCAAUCUAAAACACAAAGUAAUUCACAUAAUCAACUUUCGAAAAAUUAUAAAACAAAUUCGCAACUAGUUUUACCAAUGUCCGAGAAAAAAUUCAUAUUUGCUGAAAAAAAUGAUAUUGAAACUGAACUUCAAUGCAUACAAUUAAGUGAACACAAUUUUCAGUUCAGUAAAGAAAAAUCUUAUGAGAACUUGUUGGAUUUUCCAAAAAAAGGUAUGAAUUAUUUACCUAGCAACAAGCAACUUGCGUCACCUCAUCGUAUAACUUCAAGGCAACUUGCAGGGUCUCAAAUAUGUUAUUCUGUCAAAUAUUUUGGUUUUAACAAUAUUAACAACUGCCAAAAGGAGACUCGGGCCACCAAAGAUGUAUCACCCAAUAACUUCCCAAUAAACACGAAAUAUGACAGUAGCAAUUUAAGGCCUUUGAAGUUAUCACCUAAAGCAGUGUCAUCUUUUCUAGUGCCAUCUCUUCAAACAGUGCCAUCUUCUCCAAAAGUGUCAUCCUCUUCAUUGCCAUUUCUUCAAACAGAGUCUUCUUCAUUAGUUUCACCUCCUACAACAGUGUCAUCGUCUCCAAAAGCGUCAUUCUCUUCAGUGUCAUCUCUUCAAACAGAGUCUUCCUCACAAGUACCACCUUCUCCAGUCUCAUCUCUUCAAACAGUGCAAGCUUCUCCAAAAGUGUUAUCCUCUCCAGUAUUAUCUCUUCAAACUGUGCCAUUCUCCUCAGUGCCACAUCCCCAAACAGUGUCACCAUCUCCAGAACCAUCCACUCAAACAUUACCACUUUCUCCUGAAAAUCAGAUAAACAGACAAAAAAGUCUUUCCUCAACACAAAAUGCUAUUAUGCCGAAAAGACGUAGUAGGAGUGAAAAGAUUAAUUCAAUAUUUUCAUUUUGUUCAAAUAUAAAUUCAUCAACGAAACCAAAUUCAUCAUCAAAAGCUCGAAGAUUUUCUUACUUUCAUAAAAGUAAAAUUGUUAGUGAUGAAAGUGUGCCUCCAUCGUCCAAUACGAACUAUUUACGAAACAGCAUUUUCCCUACUAACAUGUCUAAUUCCCAUAGCCAUUCAUCUACGUUCGGGUGUUCUGCUAAAUCCAAAAUGUUUCCCCCGACAAAAACUGGCUCUAAUUCAAAUCUUGAGAAAACAAAGAUAGCAUCUACACAACCUAUAACAUCUUCACGUGUAAAUGAAACUGAAUUAUUCAAGUGUUCUAAAGCAUCUAAUCUUGGCGUAAGUCCAAACUUAUGUGAUUGUUCUAGUAAAUCGCAAAACGUUAACCUGUGUCCUACCUCAGCAGAUACAAAAGAAACCAACGAAAUGAGGCAGGCUCAGAAAACACCAAAGAUUAUCAUACAUGCACCAGAAGAAGAGACAACAGAAAGCACAAGAUGCACAAGAGACCACUGAGGGUUUCAGCUGGAUGUGUGGAUUACAUGGGUGUGAUAAUUGUCCUGUGUCGUGAACUCACGAAUCGGAAAUUAAACACGUGACAAUGUGCACAUUCAUGAUGAAGUUUCAGUUUUGUCUUGUUUUAUAUAUAAAUAUUAAAACUUCUUGAAAAACUAUUUAGCAUAUUCUUAGACAUAACUUUCUGUGUAAUAUUUAACGUAGCAAAAUCAUG